AUGGCCACCAGUGAGCUGACCGAGCUGGAGACGGCCAUCGAGAAGAUCGUCACCAUCUUCUUCGCCUACGCGGGGAAGGAGGGCAAGAAGGGCACGCUGACGGCCGGCGAGUUCAAGGAGCUGGUCCAGCUCCAGCUGCCCAGCCUGAUGAAGGACACCCCCUCCCUGGAGGAGAAAAUGAGCGAGCUGGAUGUGAACAGCGACCAGGAGCUGAAAUUCGGCGAGUACUGGCAGCUGAUCGGGGAGCUGGCGAAGGCCGUGCGGAGGGAGAAAGCGGGGAAGAAGUGA